AUGCCCUGGAAUCCCCCGGAAAUGCGAGAAAAGAUUCCUUCCAACUCACUCAAGGCAUGCUGUGAAUCUGCCUUGAAUCGCACCAUUUCUCCUGAUUUGAACUCAAACUCAAGCAUCACAGUCGUUCGGACCGUAGACUCAGCUACUGAUCCUUCUGAUUUCACCAUGCUUUCGUUUCUUCGGCCAUCAUUGCCUCCACGAACCGAGCGGGCCGGUCAGAAUCCCGUGUUCUACGAAAAUGGACGCUCGUCUUUGGAAUUCAGGGACGCUGGUGCCGACUACUCCUUGCGAAACAUGCACCCUCCAAUGGUCAAAGGCGAACCACUGUCUAUCAUGGUCCCUCCUCAUCAUUACCAUAUCAAACAAUCCGAGCACUUCCGAAUCGUUUCCGGCACCGUCAACAUAUACAGAGGCUUAGACCCUCAGCCGUGGAAAAUCUUGUCGGACCGAGACGGUUUUGAAGAAGCCGCCAUGAUCCCCAAGAAGAUCUAUCAUCGGAUCGAAAAUGCAUCUUCGACCGAGCCACUCGUGCUGGACGUACAUCUGGCCCCUGAAGAGUACGAGGUUGAACAGCGCUUCUUUCGGAAUUUCUUUGGCUAUCUUGACGAUUGCAAAUCUGGCAAUGUGGCCCCAAGCCUCUUUCAGCUACUUGUCUUUCUACAUAGUGCGGACACGCCCUUAGCCCUUCCAUUCUCGGAAUCGUGGCCCGGUGUGUUUGCAAGUCGCAUCUUUUUGAUUGGAAUGGCAUUCUGGGGCCGAUGGAUCUUGGGGUAUAAGCAGACUUAUCCGGAAUACUACCUUGAGAAGAAGGAUCUUUGA